UAAAAAAUUAGAGUUAUCAUUUUUUGUAUUACCAUUUUAUACCGCUCUUCUUCGCUGUCACCACCAGGUUGCAGGUUUUGUUGCUCAUAUACUUUCCCUCACAAAAAACUCUGUUUGUUAUUCUCUCUUGGAGAUCUUUAUAACAAUUCACAUAACCCCACUUUAAGAUAGACAAACCUUAUGGCCCCUUCUGGAUUUAGCACCAUUGUUAAUCAUGCAAGUUCAAGUAACCCAAGCUUGUGGUUGUUUUCAGUUUUGGGGGGCAUUUUCAUGUGUAAAAUUGUUUAUGAAUUGACAGGCAUUAUUACCCCCUUAAUCUACAAAGGUUUUAUCACACUCGAGAAUGCACAGAAACUUGAAUGGAAAAACCGGGGCUUUUCAACCUUCCAUGCUAUUGUUGUAGCCAUUGGUUCCAUCUAUCUUCUAGUCAUUUCAGAUCUUUUUGAUGAACAUGCCCGAGAAGAGUGGAUCAUCAACAGGUCAUCUGCAUUAUCAGAUGCUAUACUUGGGAUAUCAAUUGGUUACUUCUUGACAGACUUGGUGAUGAUUAUUUGGACUUAUCCAACUUUAGGUGGUUUUGAGUAUUUUUUGCACCACGGACUCUCUUUGUUAGCCAUUGGUCAAUCCCUUUUAAGUGGCCAAGUUCAGUUUUACAUCCUUAUUGUUCUCUUCACAGAGAUCACAACACCCUUUGUGAAUCUAAGAUGGUAUUUGGAUGUUUCUGGGAAGAAGAACUCGAAACUUUACAUGUUGAAUGGUGUUGCAUUGUUUGCCGGGUGGUUGGCUGCAAGGGUCAUCUUAUUUAUUUUCUUUUUCUCCCACAUGUAUGCACAUUUAUAUCAGGUGAAGCAAGUUUACCCGAUGGGAUAUUAUAGCACAGUCACAAUCCCGCCUGCACUAGCUUUGAUGAACUUGUUUUGGUUUUGGAAGAUUUUCAAAGGAUUGAUUAAAACUCUCAUCAAGUUGAAAGGCCAUAAGCAUAGUAGUUGAUUGUGUUUAUUUUUAUUUCACUUUGGAAGAAUGAACUGCAAAACAUAAACUGAAGUAUAUUAGUCAAUGAUUUUGGGUUUAGAGAAA